CUAGUGAGCGUCUCAUCAAAUGGUCUCGCAAAAUUUGUACAUAUAUCUUUGCGAAAUAAUAUCUUAUUUCAUCCCCUAGUAAAAGAAUGAUGCUAGUAAUGCACAUUUUGGGGGCGAACUUUUGUGUCCAAUGUCAUACGGUGUGAGAUAAACUGCAUAUUUUACAUAGACGUUGCUUCACAUCACAAAUACACUCAAGAUUGUGAAGUUCAAUUUCAAUUCUCUAAUCUUGUACUUGAAAACAAUAAUCUAUAAUCUAUAUAGUUUCCUAAUUUAUAGCAACAUUGACCAGUUCUAAAAGAUGGACCACCAUCUGAAUUACACGGGUAAAAGUGACUAUGAAAUAGAAUGGACCCCUUUCUCAUUGACACAUGUUGAAUUUCCCAAAGGCGAUUUUUUCGGGAAAGUUCUAGCCAUUUCAAGUCUAAUGCCAAUGGCUCUAAUUUGUGGAUUUAUAACUCUGAUUCUAUUUCGGAGAGACUUGCAUACGAUAACAUUUUUCAUUGGACUUUUGAUUAACGAAGGAUUCAACAUGAUUCUCAAAUAUACGAUUCGUGAGGCUCGCCCUCUGCAACGUGAAAUCAAUUACACCGAAUUCGGAAUGCCUUCGUCCCACUCACAAUUAAUGUGGUAUUUUGCUGCAUAUUCGGUCUACUUUGCACUCUUCAGACUGCACAGAUAUCCAGGUAAAGGAAUCAGCAGCCACCUGCAUAAAGUCGGAAUAAUAUUGGCCGUUGUAGCUACAGCGUUAUUUGUGACGUAUAGCAGGAUUUAUUUAAUGUACCACACUUGGGCCCAGGUUAGUUGGGGUGCUUUUGUUGGUUGUGUCUUUGCAACUUUUUGGUUCGUUAUGACAGAAACUGUAUUCACGCCAAAGUUUCAAGAAAUAUCUUCAUGGACUGUUUGUGAAUAUCUACUCAUCAAGGAUACCACGUUAAUCCCAAACGUUAUGUGGUUCGAAUAUGCAAAUGCUAGGCAAGAGACAAAAAACAGGACUAGAAAAUUUAUAAAAUCUCAAUGAUCUGUGUUACAAAUGACUACAUUUUGUAGGACGACGAUGGUAAUAAUUUUAACAAAAGUGUGAGCAUGUUUAAAAUAUUGCUUUUAUUUAUAUUGCUGCUUUACUUGUAAAAAUAAAAAAA